AUGGAGCAGCAAUCGAAUAGGGCCCAUCGCCCUGCCAAGGAGAAGAAGAGAUUUGAGGGCUCAAACCCCAAGGCUUUUGCAUAUUCUAAUCCUGGAAAACUUAACAAGCAGGCGGCUCGAUCACACGAUGUCAAGGAGAAGAGAUUACAUGUUCCUCAGGUCGAUCGUAUGCCUGAGGAGGCUCCUCCAACGGUGGUUGCAAUCGUCGGACCCUCUGGUGUUGGCAAGACGACUUUGCUCAAAUCCUUGAUCCGUCGAUACACUAAGCAGACUUUGAGCUCUCCACAAGGUCCUUUGACUGUGGUCACGACUAAGCGCAAACGCCUCACGUUCUUAGAAUGCCCUUCCGAUUCCCUCGCCGCUAUGAUUGAUAUUGCCAAGAUCGCAGAUAUUGUUCUUCUGAUGAUUGACGGGAACUACGGAUUUGAGAUGGAGACGAUGGAGUUUCUGAACGCUCUUUCAACGAGUGGUAUGCCUGGAAACGUGUUCGGUAUUCUCACUCAUCUUGAUUUAUUCAAGAAGCAGAGUACUCUGCGCAUGACGAAAAAGCGCCUCAAGCACCGUUUUUGGAGUGAGCUCUACCAGGGCGCAAAACUCUUCUACCUCUCUGGUGUGAUCAACGGCCGAUAUCCCGAUCGCGAGGUUCACAAUCUUUCUCGUUUCUUGUCGGUCAUGAAGAACCCGCGUCCGCUUAUCUGGCGCAACUCCCACCCGUAUGCGCUCGCCGACCGCUUUUUGGACAUCACUCCCCCAACUCAAAUCGAAGAGAAUCCGAAGUGCGAUCGAACCGUGGCACUUUACGGCUACCUCCGUGGCACCAAUUUCCCUGCGCAAGGCGCACGAGUGCAUGUUCCCGGUGUCGGUGAUCUGACGGUCUCCGGUAUUGAAGGGCUCCCCGAUCCUUGCCCCACCCCCUAUAUGGAUCAGCAGAUAGCCAAAGCCACUGGCAAGUCUAAUCGACGUCGGCUGGGUGAGAAGCAGAAGCUACUUUUUGCUCCAAUGUCCGAUGUUGGUGGCGUGCUGGUUGAUAAAGAUGCCGUUUAUAUUGACCUCAAAACCAACACCUUUGACCGCGGAUCGGACGAUGAGUCUGACGAUGAGAACCGCGGGCUGGGCGAAAAGCUCGUCGUAGGCCUCCAAGGUGAACGACGAAUGCUCGGCGAGGCUGAUGAGGGCAUUCGUUUGUUCAGAGGUGGUGAAGCAGUUGCCAAAGCCGAGGACGCCGAAGGAAGUGGCAGAAAACACAAGCGUCAUGCGCGCGUUGCUGACACCGAGCGUGUGACCGAGCUCGGUUCCGACGAAGAAGAUGCCAGCGAGGAGGAUGAAGAUGAAUUUGGAGAUGAUCAAGACGAAAACGACGACUUCAGUGACGACGAGGACGGCGAGAUUGAUAUGUCUGCACCGGCGGACUUCGAGUCGAAAUUUAAGGAAAGACAGAACGGAUCUCUGCAGCGUGAGGCUGAAGAUGUCGCGUUUGCUGAUAGCGACUCAGAUCUUGGCUCUGUCUCGUCCGUCGAGGAUCAAGAACUGGACAGUGGCGAGGAAGACGACGAAGACGACGACGAGGAGGAUGAGGAUGAGGAUGAGGAAGGAAAUGCCCGUUGGAAGGACAACAUGCUUACAAACGCAAAGGCUUUGCAUGGAAAGCGUCCUGCAUUCCGUGUCAAGGAUCUGUCGAGAAUGAUGUACGAUGAGUCCAUCACUCCUGCGGAAGUUGUGCAGAUCUGGCGAGGCGAGGACCGCGAUGACGACGAAUCGGAUAUUGAAGUGGGUGAAGAUGGGGAGGAAUUUUUCAAGAAGACAGAUAACGAAAAGCGCGACCAAGAAGACUUCCGGGCCGUCCCUGACUAUGACUACGAGGAGCUUGAACGCAAGUGGCGAGACGAGGAGCUGAUUGAAUCCUUAAAGCGACGCUUCGUUACUGGCAAGCUUGGGGGAGGCGGUUCCGAUGACGAACUUGAAGAAGGCGAUUUGGAUGACCUUGACUCGGAUGAUGAGGGUGACGGUGCCUUUGAAGAUCUUGAAACGGGUGAAGCUUUCGACGGCUUUGACGACGAUGACGAAAAAGACGAGGAUGAGGAGGGAGAUGAGAACGACGAGGAGACCCCCGAGGGCCCUGCUGACCUCGACGCUGAGCGGGAGCGCAAUGCGAAGCGGAAGGAAGAGCUUAAAUUACGUUUCGAAGAAGAAGAUCGUGAAGGAUUUGCAAAUGCAAAAGACGGCCAAAGAGAUGGAAUGGAGGGUGAGUUUGGGGAAGACGAUUGGUACGACUUGCAAAAGGCCAAGAUGCAAAAGCAGCUUGACAUCAAUCGAGCCGAAUUCGAGGAGCUCGACCCGGCCUCGCGUGCUCGUGCCGAAGGAUACAAGGCCGGAACUUACGCUCGGAUUGUCCUCGAAAAUGUGCCCUACGAGUUUGCCGCAAAGUUCAACCCUCGCUUCCCCGUGAUUGUUGGUGGUUUAGCACCCACCGAGGAUCGAUUUGGCUACGUCCAAAUUCGUAUUAAAAGGCACCGAUGGCACAAGAAGAUCUUGAAGAGCAAUGAUCCGCUCAUCUUCUCCCUGGGAUGGCGUCGGUUCCAGUCACUGCCCAUCUACAGCACCUCAGACAGUCGAACUCGAAACCGAAUGCUCAAGUACACACCCGAGCAUAUGCAUUGUUUCGGUGUCUUUUACGGCCCCCUCGUUGCUCCCAACACUGGUUUCUGUUGUGUCCAGUCAUUCUCCAACAAGAACCCCGGGUUCCGCAUUGCCGCAACCGGUGUUGUGCUCAGCGUGGACGAGCACACCGAAAUUGUGAAGAAGCUCAAGCUCACGGGUGUGCCUUACAAGAUCUUCAAGAAUACCGCAUUCAUCAAAGACAUGUUCAAUUCCUCUCUUGAGAUUGCCAAGUUUGAGGGUGCGUCCAUCAAGACCGUGUCUGGUAUUCGAGGUCAGAUCAAGAGAGCUUUGAGCAAGCCGGAGGGAUACUUCCGUGCCACUUUUGAGGAUAAGAUCUUGAUGAGUGAUAUCGUUUUCCUGCGCGCAUGGUACCCUAUCAAGCCUCACCGCUUCUACAACCCCGUGACCAACUUGCUCGACCAAGAGGAAGGCGGCGCUGGCGACAGCGGCUGGCAAGGCAUGCGACUCACCGGUGAGGUGCGCCGUGACCAGGGUAUCCCCACGCCGAUGAACAAGGACUCUGCGUACCGUAAGAUUGAGCGUCAGGAACGCCACUUCAACCCUCUUCGGGUCCCCAAGCAGCUCGCCGCCGAAUUGCCAUACAAGUCGCAGAUCACCAAGAUGAAGAAGCAUUCGGACAAGACAUACAUGCAGAAGCGUGCGGUCGUGCUUGGUGGAGAAGAAAAGAAGGCCCGCGAUCUGAUGCAGAAGUUGACCACCAUGCGGAAUGAAAAGCAGGCCAAGCGUGCGGCGAAGCAAGAAGAACGCCGAAAGGUCUAUCGCGCCAAGGUGGCGGACAGCCUGGAGAAGAAGACUGCUCGUGAGAAGCGUGAGCGUGAUGACUACUGGCGCCGAGAAGGCAAGAAGCGAAAGAACGACGAUGAUUCUGGCGGUGGUGGUGGGAAAAAGCGCAAGUGA